AAAUAAAGAAAUAUAUACAGUCGGUUCCGUAUUGUAUGCGCUCUGAAAUCUUGAAAGAUUCUUCAGCAGCGCCUUAACAGAGGAGUUCGUUACUCGUCGUCAACGGCCGCCGCGGCUGCCUGAAUUUGUAGCUCAUUUUGAUUCGCCGGCCUGAAAUUGCAGCUCAUUUUGCUUCGGCCUUCUCAGGUUUAUAUUUUGUGUGUAUUCCUCUGAGAAUCUUUGUCGUUUCCACGGAAUAUGAAGAAACGGAGCUCUAGAAAGCUACGGCAGCAACCGGAGAGAACCUGGGGUGAAAUCCUGUGUUUCGCUUGUACCUGCCUGCAGCUCUCGUGGCGGCGGGUGGUGUUGCGGAAGUGGCUCAAUAUCUCGGCCGCCGACUCCGAGUUCUCUGCCGAUUCUGAGUCUGAUUCUGAUUCUGAAACAGAAUUUUUUGAAUGGCCAAGACGUUCGCGGCUCGAGAAUGAAUUAGUUGGAGUUCAGGUUCACGCAAGUGAUGCUCUUCCCAUAAUAAAAAGACGAAAGUCGGAGACAUUAAGAGCUCAAUACAUUAACACUAAGGAAAUCAGAAUCUGUGCUGCCACAUGGAAUGUAGGUGGCAGAGUUCCACCUGAGGACCUAGAUCUCAAUGGCUGGUUAGAUAUUGAUGAUCCUGCUGAUAUUUAUGUAAUUGGCCUUCAGGAGAUCAUACCACUAAAUGCGGGUAACAUAUUUGGAGCUGAAGAUAGCGGCCCAGUUUCAAUAUGGGAAAGCAUAAUACGGAGAACACUAAGCAGAGUUCCUCCAGUGACUAAGUUCAAAAGCUUCACUGAUCCUCCUUCUCCAUCAAAGUUUAAACCAUCUGAAGAUGCCCCAGACAGAGUAGAUGAUAUUGUACUUGAGUCUGACAGUGACAAUGAGGAGGAUAUUUAUAUAUUAAAUGAAGAAUCAAAUAUUUUUGAGGAAAACAAUGGUGGCUUGACCAAACCAAAGAAUCAUGCUGCUCAUCCACAAGUCUUCAAUGACUUCAAUCAAGAGUUUCAAGGACAUUAUUCUUAUGCGAAAAAGCUGGACAAAAUCAACUGCUUUAGGACAGAGAAUUCUGGAGAAGCUGCAGAAGCCACAAGUACUCAAAAAAUAAAUAAGAUAAUCAGAACAUUAAGUGGGACAGAGAGGAUAGGACUAGCCUGGCCAGAGCCACCUCUUCAUCUCUUACCUCAUCAUGUUUUGGAGAGACCCACUCUGUUAAAAUCUUCUAAAUCUUUCUGCGGUUCUUUGAAAUCAAGAAAGGUUCAUGAUAGUGGAGUACUUUCCGACUUAGUUUCACUUGCAGAGCUUGACCUUGAGUCUAUAAUAAACCAUAAGAGAAGGCCUCCAUAUGUUAGGAUAGUAAGCAAGCAAAUGGUUGGCAUCUUAAUUACCAUAUGGGUUCGUAGGGGCUUACGAAGGCAUAUACAAAACUUGAAUGUGUCUACUGUUGGUGUUGGAGCUAUGGGCUACUUGGGCAACAAGGGAUCAAUAUCAGUCAGCAUGUCUGUACAUCAGACACUCUUCUGUUUUGUUUGUACUCAUCUGACAUCUGGCGAGAAAGAGGCGGAUUCCAUCAAAAGGAAUGCCGAUGUGUAUGAAAUACAUAAACGGACACAAUUCAAUUCACUUGCUGGUAUACAACUUCCUAAAAGUAUAUAUGCCCACGAGAGAAUAAUCUGGCUGGGAGACCUAAAUUAUAGAAUCAACUUACCAUAUGAACAGACCAGGGAACUGAUUUCCAAAAAGGAAUGGUCUAUAUUAGCCGAAUUUGAUCAGCUCAAUAGAGAGCUUAAGAAAGGCCGUGCAUUUGAUGGAUGGUCAGAAGGUUCUUUGAACUUUGCUCCUACUUACAAAUAUGAAUUCAACUCUGAUGCUUACUGUGGACAGGAUCCUGGUCCUGGGAGACGAACACCUGCAUGGUGUGAUCGUAUUCUCACCUUUGGGAGUGGUAUGAAGUUGUCAAGUUACAGGAGAUCUGAACUUAAGCUCUCUGACCACCGCCCUGUUACUGCCUCCUACACUGUAGAAGUUGAAGUAUUUUCACCAAGGAAAUUGCAACAUGCACUCACUUUUACUCAUGCAGAGAUUGAAGCCCAGGGUAUUGUCACAUAAAUGGGGCUCAUCCGUGAAAUAGACCAUCAUGUAGUUAUUCCCAUUGUAGUAAUAGUCAUUCAGAAGCAUGCUGUGAGAUUACUCAACUACAGCAUGUUUGCUGAUAAGUACAUUGCAGAUCCUAUUUAUUUGCAGAAAAUGUUGAAAGAUGUAGAAGGGCUUGUUGCUUGUGUUCUACUGGAAGUUGGCAGGUGAGCUGUCACACAUCCAUUCUUUCGAUUCUUUAUUCUCUAUAGAAGCUGAGCUUUCUUCACAAAUGGCUUGCACGUCUACUUCAAGUGUAGAAAGAGGGAGUAGCCUUCAGGUUUGUGUUCGGGAACCUCCCUUGUUUAUGUUAUUCCAAUUGUACAGUCAGUCAGUAUUGUAUGUUGUCUUUUUGCUUCUUUUGGUGAGCAGUCCAGAUUCAAUAAGUCUUAUAAUCCAAUGUUGAAGGAUUCUUGUUACAUUCUGAUGCACAUAUUACCCGUUUUUCUUUUCGGUUUUAGUAAGUGUGAACAUUUGCAGCAACGGAAGUUUCAUUGAUACACACAUGAAUUAUAUACAUCGUAGACUCAUAUUGCAAUGUGCAGUGCAUACUGGUAGCCUGUGCUGCAUUCACAUAUACAUGCUGUUGAAAAA